AAAAAGGGCAAAAAAAAAAAAUUUAGGCCUCUGACGCAGUGACAGCGUCUGAGGAAAACGAAAAGCAUCUGUAUUUCCGGAUUCGUAUUCUGUAGGCGCAACGUCAGCCGGAAGCUGGGCACUCUGACGAGCUACGAUCCUGAGUGCGAAUUUGGUUUGUCCGCGUUGUUUGCUGUUGUAGGAAAGGAGGUUUGGGCAUGAGAGAGCGUUGAUGGGGAGGGUUUUUCUUGUUGAUUUGGAAGGUAGGGCUUACAGAUGCAAACAUUGCGAUUCCCCUCUUGCCCUUGCCGAGGACGUUAUCUCUCGGUCCUUCAACUGUCGUCGAGGGAGAGCAUACUUAUUUAGUAAUGUGGUAAACGUAUCAGUUGGGCCUCAGGAGGAGAGAAUGAUGAUGUCUGGCUUGCAUACCGUUGAAGACAUAUUUUGUUGCUGCUGUGGACAAAUUCUUGGAUGGAAAUAUGUUAUGGCACAUGACAAAAAUGAAAGAUACAAGGAAGGGAAGUUUGUGCUUGAGAGAUGGAGAAUAGCUGAUGAUGUUGCUGAGGAGUUCAAUUUGGAUGCCCGUCCUGGUUCAAGUGAUGCUGAGAACCCUUAGCGAGUUGCUACUUUCCCUUGAAGUCAACUAUUAUUGGCAGACUUUGACCAGAAAGUAGAAAAAUGAUUAUUAGCAGACACACAGCUAGUAUAUAUCUUGACAAUUUCAAGAAAAACUCUCUCCAUUGUUAGCGAGUAAAUGUAGUGAACGUAGCUCAAUUAAAGCAGUUAUAGAUAUAGAUAUAUGUAUGUAUGUAUAUAUGGGGUGCCAAUAGCGCUCAUGUCCCGAAGAAACGCCCAGAGAUGCCUGCAGAUUGAAAGUGUAUCACUUUGAAUAAUUCUCUAAUUUACACGCUGAACUCAGUUUUUACU